CAGUUAGUUCCGCCCAUCGUGGAUUUCCGAAGCUUCGCUCCUUCCAUAACUAGAUAAUGGCGUCUGGGAGGAAAACAACCCUGGUUUGGGAGUGAAAGAUAAUUUAAGGAAUGAGCUAAAGUGACGUUUUCGUGCUGAAGUGGAAAGAAGCGGUCUGAGGCACGAAGUACUGUUUUCAGGAAACCUUUCUUUUUCCUAAGGUGCUCUACUUUCUGCGCCGAACAAGGUAGCUCACUUUGAACAUUUCAUAUCCCCAUGAAUGGUGCAAUGGUACAGAACUGCCAUUCGGAUCGUCUUACGGUUUUCAUACAAGGAUGGCUGAUCCGAACUGCUCUUUCAGUAACUACAAGCCACAGAUCCACUUGAAGCAGGAGAGCAUGAUGGAUGCCCAGCUCCUGGUACCAACAGCUCCCAGUGACAGGCUGACCUCAGAUCUGUGCCAGAGUGUGCUGUACAACCGCUGGUCGGUGCUUACCGAUGAUGUCCAGCCUGCAGUUGCCACACAUGCUGGCAGUCUGCCUAGGCCUCAAAACAACGUUUCUCAUUCUGGUAAUGGUCCAGACAUAUAUGGAAUGGUCUCCAGUAUCCUGGAAGAAGCAAAUGGAUCGGAGCGUUUUGAAGAUUGGAAUUCUUCAUCAAACUUGUUUCCAUCGUGGCCAGCAGACAGCAGUCAAAUAAACCGGCAAGCAAAAAUGGCGCACAAUGCAAACAGAUUUUCUGAUGCGGCUAUUGACUUCUAUCAAGACGCUUUUGAAGAAACGCCAGGGGAUGAUGUGGAAAAGUUGUACCAAAGUUUCCAUGGACUUGGCUUAAUAGACACUUGGUUUCUUGAAAAUCAGAAAUGCCCAGAUUUGGCCGCUUUUGAGCCCAGAUGUUUUGCUGCAACACCAUACACAGACAGCUCUGUGAUCAAAGGUCAUUCCUUUGAAGAUUUUGUCUGCAAUAGGGAAGAGUUUGGACCAUGUCUGCAAGUAGCUAGUCAAGAAGUCGGUAAUGUGGGAUAUGAGAAAAUGCCCGGCAGCACAUACGCUUUUCACAACCGUAGCAACAGCAACAAUACGCGACUGCAGAAGGAGUCACGAAUGGAUCAAAACCGAGACAAGUUCUCAAGCCAUGGUGGCUCUGUGGACAAAGUUAGGCUUCCGUGUGACCUUGCCAAUCAGGCCCAACAAGAUAAAUGGCCGAAAAGGCAGUACCCUUCCCGAGGUUAUGAGGACUACAGAGUCCACCCACUGCAAUGGAAGAACACCUCCAACUCUCAAAGUUACUAUGGCCAGCAGAACCCCCGGGUAAAUGGAAGGGGCUGGAAGCAAGGUCUGGAAUGUUCUGAUCCAAAUAUCCAAAAUGGUUAUUCCUCCGACAGAAUACCAUAUGGUCCUGGUCAGCAGAAUUCCCUUGAUUUCCCUUGUGAUUUCACCCAAGCUGUGACCUCGGAGCUCCAAAACGUGGAUUACCUGCAGGGAGAUAAGAAUGGUCCCACCUGGUCCACCGGGGACAUGCCAGGUCCCUCUGUAGCAUCUGGCUUAUGGAACAGGAAGAAAUGUGGCUCUGAUAGUAGUGCUCAGGCACCCUUAUCAUGCAGGCCAAAUGAAACCGUCUCCAACCAGCUGCUUACUCCAGGGCUCAUGUCAUCUUACCACUUCCAGUCCCCACUGUCACCUGGUGGCAGUCAGUACCACAGAGGCAAACCCACAGAGUGUCUUCCUAGUGCUUGGUCCCAAGGUAUGCCUCCUGGGAACACGAGUCUGAGCUUCCCUGGCAAACAUUCUAAGGUGGAUCCACCGGUGCUGGAAGAAAACCCAUUAGCAUCUGAUAUUCCUAAAAGUUGGCACUGCGCUCCUGGCAGCUGGGGAACCUCACUUCUGCAAGAAUAUCCAGACAAACUCUACUCCAGCCGCUACAAGUGUAACUCGGAGGGCCGUGACGACAUGAAGGGUAUGAAGAAGAACAGCCAUUGGUUUUCCCCAACCCCUGGUGCCAUGGGCCCUAACCGGAACCACUACAACAACAACAAUAUCCUCAACAACUGCCGGCGCAAACAAGACCAAGACAGAAGCAGUGACUUGUCGCAGGUUGGACCACCUUUUCCACUCCUUAAAACGGGUCAAAAACAGAGCCCUGGAUCGACGCAGUUGGGCCUCCAUCCAACUAGUAGCAGGAAAGGCAACGAGGUCUUCUCCUUGCCUCCGUCAGCAUUUCCUUUUCCUGACCUUAUAGAAGAUUUUCGCCAGCUCAGCCCCUUUGUCAGCGAGUUGCUUGGCAGAGAAAUGCCGCCUCCUUUCUUUGGGUUUCCUUCACACUCCAGCAAGUAUCGACCCAUGAGGAACCGCACGGGUCCUGCCAGUGAGCUGUACAUGCAGCUGGAGGUGUGCUAUGAGCAGUGGAGGAUCUUGGAGAAAGAGAGGAAGAAGACAGAGGCCAGUUUAGCCAGGAACUUUCCUGGGCGGAGAAUGACUGGUUCCCACAACAGGCCCGUUCCUACGCUUCCUGCCAAUCCAUCCAGAGUUGACCGUUUGAUUGUGGAUCAGUUGCGGGAGCAUCAGAGAGUUAUGACCCUGGUUGGGAAGAUGGAGCAUCUGCGUGGAGCUCCAGUGCAUGCCAACAUCAGCACCACCCUGGAAUGGCACCUGGAAGCCAUCCAGGUCACGCAAGCACGGCGCAAGGAUGAGGUCAUCAACUCCACCAACCGAUACAGGCAAGGGGUACCAAGAGGACACGAUGAUAAAGCAGAUGUCCUGGCAUUGGCGUCCGCCAUCAAGGACUUGGCGGUUCUGACCCGCAAGGCCCGCACGGCUCUGUGGUGUGCCCUGCAGAUGACCCUGCCCAAAAGCGCAGCAGGGACCCCUGCCGAGCUGGAUCGAGCCCUGCAGGAGCUGUGUGACCCAGGGAACGAUGAGGUGUUGGGGGUGACGCAUAGGAGGAACCUGCAGCCUGCAGAGAGGAAAGGGGACGUGCAGGAUCAGGGCCCGGGAGGUACUGGGGAGGCUGAGGAGGAGCGAGAGAAAGGCUCUGAGAAGAAACUGUGACCAUGGGCUUGUGUUCUGUUGGUGUUACGGUUACUAUGGGAAGAAUCUUAAAUGGGGAGGACAUGAAGGUGAACACAGGCAUAACGUGUAUGUGAGCGUGCUUGAAUGUUAAAUUCUCCACAUUACUGUUUUUGACCUUCAAUUCGUUGAAUGAGUUCAAAUGUUCUUUCGAACGCAAACGCGCUCCAUUGCCAAGCACCCAAUCCUAUCUUUUCUACGUACGUUGCUGACUGCGUGACAUUUACGUUGAGUUGAGAUUGUUUGCCAGUUCUUGUUCUGCAAAGCACUGUUCCCCCCCCCCCCCCCCUACAUUUUACCGAAACGUGACACAGAUAGACGUGUCUAUGGAUUGCCGUAGUGCUGUGUGAAACCCAGCGGACGUCUCGACGCCGCGUACCAAAAGAGCAGAGCCGGUUCGAGGUGGGUCGCUGGCACUUCCAAACUACCCAACUGAGGCAGAAGCUGUGUUGAGGUGCCAUUGUGGUUGUUGUAUCAGUUCUGUGCCUUGUUGUUCUCAGUGGUUUAAACUUCAGGAACUGGAAAAGACACGCUGACGUUGCGUAAAUGUCCUAACAUGAGAUGACUUUAAAGCAUUGGUAGAAAAUAAGUUUUGUGUGUGUGUGUGUGUGUGUGUGUGUGUGUGUGUGAGUGAGAGUGUUGCUGCUAGUGAGCCUCUCUGUUUAAUUAGUUGGGUUAUAACCUGAUACUCAGGAUCACAACUAACACCAGUGGAGAGUUGAAAAGGAUCUCUGUCUUAGUGAGCACUUAUACAUUAUGUUAUGUUACUGGAAUUUAGAGACCAUAUUUAUUUUAAUUAUUAAAAUUGCGUUGGAAAAAAUAGUAUUAAUGCAUCUGGUAGUUUCCUACUAGAUCAGAAUUACAUAUUUACUCAGGAAAUGUGUAUUUAGUAUAUUGUUUUGAGCAUGUUUAAAUAAUCUAACUAUACUAAGUUACCAAAGGUAAUACAUUUAAAAUACACUUAAUUACCAUUUUAUGUUGAUGUAUAUGUUUGCUACUUCGGCUUUUGCAGUAUACAGAGCUUAUCAAAUAGUAUUUCUACUAUGACUUAGACAAUCACCUCAUUUGUACGACCUUAAAAUACAGCAUUUUUGAAUGUAGGUAACCACACAAAAAACAGGAAUGAUUAAUUUCAGAGUAGUAUUACAGGAAUGACUUUUUAGUUUAGAUCUGAUAUAAUACUUCAAGGAAAAUGCAUUGUUUUAACCGAAAAUAAUAAUGUCAAAAUGCAGAAUCAAGAAUAAGGCGGCAGUAAAUGGAUAUUCAAACACCACAGCUGACGAACUCCUGUGCGUAUUUACUCUCAGCUUCUGAGGUCCGAGGAAAGCCUGCUGGCCACUUCCUGUCAUAGUGUUUUAUAAUAAUCUACCUGUCUAUGUAUUUUCAUGGAUAAAAAAAAAUAACUUACAUGAAGGUUCAUGCCCUUAUUCCCUCUAAAUUCAUUUUCAGAUUUAAAAUCCUAGCAUUAAACUUUCACUUUUUGUGGGUGGGUCGCAGCAUUAUUUGGUCUGUUUGCAUGCACGCACCCUGGUAAUGAGCACGUAUAAAGAUACCUGUUUUCUACAUUUCUCAAUUACCAUAAUGUACGUUGAAGUAGAUGAUAUCAUAUCUACCUCGUUUUAUUGACAUUGAUAAAGCACUUCAGGUUUUCAUAAAUGGAGGAAGAUACGACGGACCACAUAAGAUAGCUUUCAGAUCUGUAUCUUCAGUUUGCUGUCCCUGUGAAUUGUGUGGGCAUUCGCAGUGCUUAGCUGUCAGACCAAUUUUACUUUAUUUUUUAACUUGUAUAAGGUAAGGUAUUGAGAACCCAGUAGGGGGAAUUCCCCAGUCUCGCGCUCACUUUCAUGCAGAAUUUGGGUGGAUUGACUGCGUGUGUGUGCUUUGUGCUCCGUGUUUCCCAUCUCCAGCUCUAGUUUGUGUGUGAAAUGAUAUGCAGUGAAGCCACUGCAGACCAGUUUGAUCUAAAAAUGAUGACGUGUUUUGUAAUAAUUGUUGCUGACUUGUUUGUGCAUUUGGAAUUAAGACUUUGUUUACAUUACGUAUUAAUAUGUAGCCGGGAGAGUUUAUGAAUGUAAAGGGUCACAUAGCGCCGAUGAUGCUAUAUAUAGAUCAGAUAACACUAUAUAUUUCAGUAUUUUUCUUUUUAAUAUUUUUUGUAAAGUAGCACUGGAGAAAUUGAAUUAAAGUUUGAGAGUAUAUGUGCCUUCAGUUCAUAAUACUCCCCAAAUAUCAAAUUAUAUAUAGUGGCCACUGCACAUUUUACCUUUUGUGUCAACUGAUACUUUGUAUAUGAAUCACAUUGGCAGUUUUUUUUUUAUUAUUAUUUUGCAACGUAGUAUGUUGUCGUUUUCGUUUUAUUGUAGCAAUUGGAUUUCACGGUGCAUCGCCUCAGGGUGGCUGGUUGGGGUUCCCAAACCAGCAGGGAGAUUAUUCAAUAAUGUUGCUUGUUUCUGAAGGAAAAGCCCUGGUUGUUUUCACCUGGGUCCUCUUGGGAUGUUUAAUAUAAAGUGAGGAGCUGCAUGUCUGUUCUCUUUUAGCACUGUCCUAGCUUUAAAAAAAAAAAAGUUUGCAAAUCGAGUUUUUCGUUUUUCACAGUUAUGGACCGUUAGCAAUAUAUGACACUUGUUUCGUUUUUCGUUCAGACAAAUGGACUGUGGGACCCCAUGAGUGUUGUGAAUUAUUAUUUUUUGUUUUUAUAAUGUGAAGGUUGUUAGAUGUGUGUACAGAGGAAAGAGUAAAAAAAACUUUUCUUAAGACAUUGUAGCAGUUUGAGGCAGAGUAAAACGGAUGUGUUUCGAGUUUUCGGUUUCUGCUCUUCAUGUGCCAUUGAGCUUCAUCUGUGGAAUGACAGGCUCCUGCAAAUUGUUCGUUAAACUAGACAGCCACUUAAAAUCUCUAUGUAUCCAUAAAAGCCGAAAUCUCGGCUGCUGUUUUUCCUGUAGACUUCCGUACCACAUUUUAAUGUGUGAUCAGUCAGAACUCAGAUCAUGCCUCCUAGUCUUUUCUUUGUUUCGCCAUCGACUAUAUGCCAGGAUAUCUAAGCUCUUGGAAAACGUUAUGUAGGGAAAACUAUGCUGAGCAAGGUGACCGUGGUGCAGAUUAAGUCUGUGGAAUACGUCGCGAUGGGUUUGCCGUUGGAAUUGGUGGUGGUUCUCGCUGUUGAUUAUACUGGCAUGGAGCUGUGAAUCUGUUUGUUGGCCAGCUAGUUCUCGAUGACUAUCGCAUUGAAGGUGUUGUGGAUGCCAGCCAGUGUUGGAGCUUCGUGGAGAUAUGAGACGAGGAUUUAAAUGCAGGUGGAGAAAAGGUGACGUGAAGGAGGCCUUUGCUUGCAUAUGCAAGUAGAGAGUUGUUGGAAGAUGGUGUCCCCCCCCCCCAACCCCAAUUUUAUGCAGAGGCAUGGCCAGUGAUGCAGAGUAAGUUUUUCUUUUUUUUUCUGUAUAUUAAGGUAAUGUACACGUACAGAAACACAUGAAGCUCUGUAUAUUUUUUUUCCUUAGUAAAUUUAUAACUGGACUUUAAAAAUCAGGUUAUCAUUCAACUGUAGACAUAGCAUGGAAUGUAUUUAUGCAAUAAGAAUAUGCCCAGUGUCUUGGAUACUCGUUUAAGUAACAUGGAUUCUGUGAAACAAAUAUCUUGAAUAUUUCAAAGUUUUAAUUGUACUGGGUGCUUGAAUGUCCCUAUUCUCUGUAUUCUGCUACAAGUGGCAUUCUUAAAUCAAUUUCUAGCUGCUUGCUUGUUGCUGUAUCGGAACUUUAAUUGACCUGAAGCAAUAGCUUUGGAGCUCUGUGUUACUACUUCAUUGUGACCAGCAGGGGGCAGGAUGAUUAGAGAAGUUGCUGCAUUUCCAAAUCCCCUUAAUUGCAUUCCAUGAGACUAAGGCCAUUUCUAGUAUGAGAAGGUGUUUCAGAAAGACUGGUCUAAUGUGAUUGGUUACUGAUAAAAUCAUACAGAACCAUGAAUUAUAUCAUUUCCUGUAUUGACUGUGAUUUUCAAAAACGGUCAGUUCUGUGUUGGCAUUCACUGUUCCCUAUCCUUGCACUUUUAACAGAAGUAUGUGUGAGUGUGUUCAGUCGUAUCUUUUUAAAAUCCCGUAAUUGGACCACAGUGACCUUACUGCAUAUUGUUUUGUUUAAAUGUCAAAAGUCAGUCAGCGUCUUUUAAUCAGUUUUGUCAUUUCGGGUUAAUUUCUGUUCAUCAUUAGAUGCGCUUAGGGGGAAUUGAUAGUAGAGUUUUAGUUAAAAGGACCCAAAUUUUUCAAUUAAUGCAACCAAACAUUUGGAAGAAUAUUUUUGUGAUUUCUUUCCCCUUCACCUGGCCCACAUUAUUCUAACAUUUGUUUGUUCUCCUGAAAGAGGAACUAUCAUUUCUGACCGAGACUCAGCACCUGUACCAUUUAAUAGCUGUAUCGCAUAUUCUCCGUUAUACCAGCAAAAUGAGUGUCGUCGUUCUGGACUGAUUCCGGAACAAAGCACUUAUGUCAAACACUGUUCAGCCUCUUGGAACACUGUGAUUUUUGCUGAAAUCUUGUGUCUGUGACUAAUCUUGUGGUGCACAGAACUUUAUCAGUUGUUAAUUGGAAUUGGUAACUGACGUUUCCGUGUUUUUACGUAGCUGGUCAUUCAUGGCUUUUUGGUAUUUGAAUUGAAAGCGGAUGGUAUGAAGAGUAGGCGCCCUGCUUUUACACGGGAGACAUUCCACUCGGGUUGAGUUUUUUUACGAAAGCCGUCAUCCUUCAGUCAUUUGUAAGAGCAUUUCAGUAAAUGCUGAAAUAGGCCAGUUUUUUUUGUACCACAUUUGAAGAAAUGUUCAGGUUAGACAGAUUUCAAAGAUUGACACUAUUCACUUAUCCAAGUUGAAGAUUAAGCUUCGAGAUAUGCCUCUGUACAAUGAGGUUUUAUUUUUGUUACUCUUUUAAAUGAGCUUUAAUCGUAUAUAUUGCCACUUGUUUUAUUUUGUGCUGUUCAGUAUCUGUCUGGCUUGUCUGACACUUGGACUCCUACCUGGAUGUCCAUGUGAGAGUGUCAGUCUUGAGUUUGAUGUUACGGUUCAUGUUUAUUGCAUUGUGUUGCAGAGUUUUGCCUUGAAAGUUUUAUGGAAAAACCUGGUUUGUGAUGUUGAAAAUGAUCUAGCACAUUACUGACAGAAUUAACAAAAUAAAAGUUGUCAAUCUAA